CCCUAUCAGAGAUGGAAAACAGUGAGAGCGUCAAUCAAUCUCAAGAAGGAGGUGGCCCCAGCAAGAAACGGAGAAUCACACGAAAGAACAAGAAUAGUAUGCAGAUUGAAACAAAAGCUGAAGCUUGUUGCUCAUGGUUUCUACUGCCACUUGACAUCAUGGUUGAUAUACUAUCAAGACUACCUACCAAAUCUAUUGCAAAACUCCGAUGUGUUUGCAAGCAUUGGCUUUCCUUAACUCAAGACCUUAGUUUGUUGAAAUCACUGCACCAGAGAUCUUCAAGCUACAUGAUUAUAUUUAAACAUGUUUUUAAUGAAGAAAUAAGGCUGAAGCUGUAUGAUUCUAGUAUCAGAGACGGAGAAAAGGAUACGAAGAUUUCCUUCAGUCCUAAGCUCUGGAGAAGGUAUUAUAAGCUAUCAAAUUUUGUUGAUGGUUUGACUUGUGCUUAUUCCUGGUAUACCAAAUCUGAUAUGUACUUAUUAAAUCCUAUGACUCGGGAACUUCGGAGAAUUCGCAAGAACUAUGGACGUCAAAAAGGCUUUGAAAGCGAACAUGAGCGUGUUGGUCUAGGAAUAGACAUGAGUACGGGGAAAUACAAGAUAGUUAGAUUAUUUUCUCAUUCGAAAAGUCGAUUUCAUUGUGAGAUCUUUACAGUGGGCACUGCACAAUGGAGAUGCCUCGGUGAAACUCCUUUCGGAAUUUGUUACGAUCAUAAUCCAAUUCUACUCCAUGGAGCGCUACACUGGAUUGGAAGUGAUCAUCAACAAAAAUUAGGUGUUUUCCGAUUCAAUCUCAAAGACGAAAAGUUUGGAUCAAUCAUACCUAUCCUCCAUCCUCCAUCCUCUCAUAUACGCCGUCUGAAGGAGUCUAGUGGGAGUCUUUGCAUUGAAUUCAGUAACACAGUGGAAAAAUGCUUUGAGAUAUGGGUCAUGAAAGAUUAUUUGAGUAACACAUGGGUCAAAGAGUAUAAAGUCGAUACCAGCGACUCCACAGGUUUACACAUUACAGAAAGUAUAGAUAGCAAAUUUAUCUUGGAGUCCUGUGAAGAGGAAAAAGAAUAUGUUAAUUCAAAGUAUCGUUUUAAUAAAGCCUUUAACCUAUUGAAAAUAGGAAGAGAGUUGGGUAGAGAUUUUGCUGUUCAUAAAGGAAGCCUUAUUUCCCCGAAGAAGCUGUUGAAGCUAUCUCAAAAGACGUAUGAAGAAGCGUGAAAGUGAGUAAUAUGCAUCUCGAGGAUUUUAUCUAUUAUAGUACAGAUAUAUAUAAUACAAAGGAAGAAUGAACACUGUUUAUUUAUUAUUAAUUGUUGGCACAGGUACGAAAGAAUUUUACAAGAUUGCAUGUAUUGGUUUACAUUAUACUUCCAGUACUUAUAUUUAUAGAAUUUG